AUGCCUCAUUAUCCCGAAGAAAUUGAAUAUUCAGAUAAGUACUUCGAUGACUACUAUGAAUACAGACAUGUCAUUCUACCUAAACAUAUUUUCAAAAAAAUCACAAAAGGUAAAUUAUUAAACGAAAUGGAAUGGAGAGCCUUGGGAGAUGGUCUCACUAUGAAACUCAUAGACCAGAACCUCACAUUCUUCUCUUCAGAAGAGCAAAAAACACAGAUCCCAAUACUGGAUUGCCUCCCUCCAGGAUUUAGCGCUCCUUAUUGAAUAUACAUUAGUUAAAUCCAUCAGAUAAAAUGUAUAAACUUUAA